GAGAGGGGAGAGAGAGGUAGACGGUGGACGGGGAGGUGGAUCCAGCGUAGCUCCGGCUAAAGCUAACUAGCCAUGUUGCUGUCGCCGCCGCUGCUGCUGCUCCUCCCGCUGCUGGUGGUGUGUGUCUGCUAGCGGGCCGCCCUGGACUCCCUAUCCGCCCUGAGGUGCAUCAUGCCCGGCUGGAAGAAAAACAUCCCGGCCUGCCUCCAACCGGACCAGGAGGGAGAUGAGGGGCCGUACACAAAACACUCUGCCGGGUCGCGACCUCCAGAUGGAGCGCUGGCCAUCAGGAGGCAGAGUAUACCAGAUGAGUUUCGGGGCUGUUCGGUGGUGGAGCUGAUGAAGAAAGAGGGGACGACGCUUGGACUGACGGUGUCGGGUGGAAUCGACAAGGAUGGGAAGCCUCGGGUUUCAAACCUGCGACAGGGAGGCAUCGCUGCCAGGAGCGACCAGCUGAACGUAGGCGACUACAUCCGCUCCGUCAACGGCAUCAACCUGGCCAAGUUCAGACACGAUGAGAUCAUCAGUCUGCUGAAGAACGUCGGCGAGCGAGUCGUCCUGGAGGUCGAGUACGAGCUGCCGCCCGUCUCUGUCCAGGGUUCAGGUGUGAUGUUCAAGAACGUUGAGGUGACGCUUCACAAAGAAGGAAACAGCUUUGGCUUCGUCAUCAGAGGCGGAGCCCACGAAGACCGAAAUAAGUCUCGGCCCAUCGUCGUGACAACCAUCCGACCCGGCGGUCCAGCUGACCGGGAAGGUACGGUGAAGCCGGGCGAUCGGUUGCUAAGCAUCGACGGGAUCCGUCUCCACGGCAGCACGCUGUCCGAAGCCAUGAGCAUCCUGAAGCAGUGCGGACAGGAAGCGACUCUGCUGAUCGAGUACGACGUCUCCGUCAUGGACUCGGUUGCCACGGCGUCAGGACCGUUGCUGGUGGAGGUUGCCAAGGCGACCGGCUCCAGUCUGGGCGUGGCUUUGUCCACCUCCAUGUUCUGCAACAAGCAGGUCAUCAUCAUCGACAAAGUUAAACCGGCCAGUAUAGCCGACAGAUGUGGUGCUCUUCAUGCAGGAGAUCACAUCCUAUCUGUUGAUGGGAAGUCGAUGGAGUUCUGUUCUCUGGCUGAAGCCACUCAGCUGCUCUCAGCUUCCUGUCAGACCGUCCGCAUGGAGAUCCUGCCUCAGCACCAGGCCCGACCGGCCCUGAACGCACCACAGCACGUCAAGGUGCAGCGUAGUCCCCGCCCCCUCCCCUGGGAGACUGGAGGCUCCGCCCCCAUCCUCCCCCCCUACCACUACAACACCUACCACCCUGAUCAAUCAGGCGCCAGAUCGCACAACCGCCAUACGAACAACCCUCCUCUCAGCCACUCGUUCUCUCCCGGCUCCAUGUCGGCCUACAGCCUGUCGUCUCUGAACAUGAACACUCUGCCCCGGAACCUGUAUCCUACCAGCCCUAGAGGGACGCUGAUGAGGAGGAAGACCAAGAAGAAGGACUUCAAGAGCUCCUUGUCUCUGGCCUCCAGCACCGUCGGUCUCGCCGGUCAGGUCGUUCACACGGAAACCACGGAGGUGACGUUGCUAGGAGACGGCAUCAUGGGGUUCGGCCUGCAGCUGCAGGGCGGAGUCUUCGCCACGGAAACGCUGUCGUCGCCGCCGCUCAUCGCCUACAUCGACCCCGACAGCCCGGCGGAGAGAUGUGGAAUCCUGCAGAUCGGCGACAGGAUUUUAUCCAUCAACGGCGUCCCGACCGAAGACUCGACUCUGGAGGAAACAAACCAGCUGCUCAGAGACUCGUCCAUCACGGCUCAACUCACGCUGGAGAUCGAGUUUGACGUCGCCGAGUCGGUUAUUCCCAGUUCAGGAACGUUUCAUGUCAAGCUCCCGAAGAAACCAGGAGUGGAGCUGGGAAUCACCAUCAGCUCUCCGUCCAACAGGAAACCAGGAGAUCCUCUGAUCAUCUCUGACAUCAAGAAGGGCAGCGUCGCUCACAGGACGGGAACGCUGGAGCUCGGAGACAAGCUGCUGGCCAUCGAUAACAUCCGGGUGGAGAACUGUUCCAUGGAGGAAGCCGUCCAGAUCCUCCAGCAGUGUGAGGAACUCGUCAAGCUGAAGAUCCGCAAAGAUGAAGACAACUCAGACGAACAGGAAGUGUCCGGCAGCAUCAUCUACACGGUGGAGCUUCAGAGGUAUGGAGGUCCGCUGGGCAUCACCAUCUCCGGCACUGAGGAACCCUUCGACCCCAUCAUCAUCUCUUCGCUGAGCAAAGGCGGCCUGGCUGAGAGGACGGGAGCGAUCCACGUUGGAGAUCGAAUUCUGGCCAUAAACAGCAGCAGCCUGAAGGGAAAACCUCUGAGUGAAGCCAUCAGUUUGUUACAGCAGGCAGGAGAGACGGUGACGCUGAAGAUCAAGAAGCAGGGAGAACUCUCCAGUCCUAAGUCCUGUGUCAUCGGUCCUGGACUUGGACCCAGUUUGGUUCUGAACCCCGACAACCCGGACGGGGAGGAGGAGCCUGUCGUCAUGGUAGCACCGCCGGCCAAUCAGAGAGUGUUCAGCACGCUGCCGUCAGUCGACAGCGCUGUGGAGUCCUGGGACGGAUCCAACAUGGACGGCAGCUUCAGCACCCCAGCUCCUCCGUUUCAGUCGUCUCCAUACAGUUUCCACGAGUGGCGCAAUGCCAAGACAACCAACAGCCAAUCAUCUUCCUCCACCCGCCAGAGAGCCAAUCCGCUGUCAGAUCUGGGUCUGAGUGACGACGACUGGGACCGCCCCCCGCUGGGAGGAGGCUGUAAUCUGCCCAGUGGUCUAAUUUCUGACAGCAGGUUCACCGUUGGUCAUGACGGGACGGAACCGGACCAGGAGGAGAACUUCUGGUCUCAGGCGCUGGAGGAUCUGGAAACCUGCGGUCAGAGCGGCAUCCUGAGAGAGCUGGAGGAGUCUGGAAAGGAGACGCACCUCCUCGCUCUGGCAACCAUCAUGUCGGGCUCCACCCUCAGUCUGAACCACGACCCCACCCCUCUACGCAGCACGCUGGGACGCCAGGCCAGUUUCCAGGAGCGCAGCAGCUCCAGACCACAGGUGACGCCUCGCUCCAACACCCUGCCCUCUGACCCUCAGCGCCGAGCCUUCGCCAUGAGGAAGAUGAGGCAGGAAGUCAAUGAGAUCCUGAACCAGAACCCUGUGGAACUCCACAAGCUCACUCUGGAGAAGGCCACAGAUCUGGAGGAUUUUGGGUUCAGCGUUUCUGAUGGUUUGUUGGACCGCGGCGUCUACGUGAAUAACAUCCGACCGGGAGGCCCGGCGGAGCGUGGUGGCCUCCGAGCCUACGACCGAAUACUACAGAUUAACCACGUACGAACCAGAGACUUCGACUGCUGCCUCGUCGUUCCUCUCAUCGCAGAAUCUCCGAACCACUUGGAGCUCGUCAUCAGCCGAAACCCCUCCUCCUCCACCUUGACGGCCAAUCACACCGAUGGCACCACCAACAGCAGCCACUCCCCUCAGCCAAUUGGCAGUGACCUGGGGCCCACGGAGCUCUCCAUUGGCCAGGGAGAGGAUGGUGGUCCAAUGAAAUGGAGCCAACCAGGAGACGAGUUGGGGGCGGGGCAGGUUAAUAAUAAUUCCUUAUAGCAGAUAAAAACUGGAUCAAACUGGAUUCAGCUGGUUCUGACCAGACUGGACUGGAGCGGUCAGUAUGGACAACAAACUGGUUUAGAGCUGUUUAAACUGGUUCAUGGUGCUACACACACCCUCUGGAUGAACUUCGACCUUUGACCACUAAAGUUUGACCUUUGAACUGCUGAAGCAGCCUGAAAGCACACUGACAGACUGGAGAAACUCCUCACUUUUCACCUGAACCAGUUCUGCAUACUGGUAUUACUGGUGUCACUGGAAUCAGAAUUAUAACUACUGAUCCUACUGGAACCACAGUGGAGGCUACUGGCCUAACCGGUCCAAGAAUUAUAGAAGCCAUGGCUACUGGUUCUACUGACGCCACGACCACAGCCAAUGGUUUUACUGGUCUCCAAGCCUAGGAUGGCCUUCUGGUCACACUGAAGCCAGAGCCACACCCAAUGGUCUUACUGUACUGGGAUCAAUGGUUACUGGUUCUAGAAGCUUUGAACAAUGGCUACUUGUCCUACUCAAGCCAGAGCCACAACCAGUAAUCUUACUGGGCCAAGAUGCGUGGGUUCUGGUCUUGGUGUUAACAGAAUCAUGGUUCCUGGUUCUACCCAAGUCAGAGCCACAGCCACUGGCCUUACCUGGUCCAAGACACAUGGGUUUUGGUUGAACCUUGGGUACUGGUCCUACUGAAGCCAGGGCCAAAAACAGUGGUCCCACAAGUCCAAGACACAUGGGUACUGGUCUUAGUGGUGGCAGGACCAUGGUUACUGUUUCUGCUGAACCCAGACUCACAACUGGUGGUCUUACUGGUCCAAGGCAUGGUUCUUGUUUGUAGUCUUGUCAGAGCCAUGGUCGCUGCUUCUAGGAACCUAGAACCAUAACUGUGGCUCCUGGCUCUACUGGGCAAGAACCACAGCAGCACAAAGACUGAUGGGACUUGAGUCCAGAAUCCAGAAUCUGCUGAUGGACAGAAAGGUUGCCAAGGAGACUAGGGAUGUUCCGAUCAGAGUGUCCAGGUCUGAUGUUAUUGGGAUUACCAGAAAUCCACCACCUUGAUUCAAGUCUUAUUCUUGGUAUCCUGCAAGCCAGAAUCACUGGUCUAGAUGUUAGGAUAUUAGACUCCUCUUCAAAAAUUACAAAUGAAGACUCCUCAAUCAAUGAAUCAUUUGACAAUAGAGGCCAGGGUAUGAGUGAGGUUUAAAUGCAUCAAAUGGUUCCGCCUGAUGUUGAAAAAGCUGAUGGAAAAGAUGUCUCAGAUACUGUAAGGAUACUGCUGCUUUGAUGCUGUCACACAUAAAACUGGGAGAAGCUGACAUACCCUGACCGGACCUGAAGGUUUAGACGUGAGAUUAAGUGCAAGUCUUGAAAGAAUUGGAUACGGGGGAGUUAAAGUUCAUAAAUGGUUGUGGUUUGGUAAGUUCGUAAGGAAGGUUGAAGGCAACAUCAUGAUGCAGCUUCUCAAAUUAGAUACUCAACGUACCAGGUAAUCCUGCAAAAUUACAGAACUCCAAAUUAUAAUUUCCAAAAGUCAGUAAGUAAAGAAUCAGUAAAGAAUUCCAAACUUCUCAGACUAGUCCCGUUGGUAUUCCAGAGAUCCUACAUUUGGAGUCCUACCAUGGAUCGUGCUGGAAGUCCUUGUUCAUGAUGGGCAGACAAAAUCAAGGCACUAAUGCUUGGUUGUCUAUGAAGAACAACUUGUAAGGGUACGCCUUUGUAGACUUUUAUUAUGCACAAUUUACUGGAAGCUAUAGAAUUAGGGAAGUGUUAAGGUGCUUUGGCUAGAGUCUUUUUAAGACAACCCUAAAUUUACGUACAGACCCCACUAGACAUGUUGAAACGUCAACAUACGAACCAUCGCUGCUACACAGAUGCAGAAAUAUGCAAGACAUACUUGAACCCGAAAGCAACCUUUUUGGGUUUAGAUGAGACAAGCUGACCUGAACCAUCCAUUCUUGACCUUCCAUCCUCAUCGUCUGUUUAAGGGACGUUUCCACUAAAUGAAGUUCUAAAACAUAGAUUUACCCCCAAAAAGUCUGUGUUUGGAGGUAGUACUUUCUGUUUCUGAAAGUCCUGGAACUUUUGGGAAGGUCUUGAAGUGCUGAACAUGCGGAAAUUACGCAGUUUAUUGGUUGUGCUUCAACAUGGAGCUACAAAAGACAUUUGAUGAGAGUUUGUGAUGCCAACCGUAAAAACUUGUUAACAUGUUAAAACAUGUUACGCCGUGAAACAACCUAAUAUUUUACCUUUUGAAACUAAUUAGCCUAACAUUUAUCAAGACACCUGAGGUAAUCUAUGUCCUUGGCAGAACCACAGGUUAAUAUCUGUUGUGGUUCCUGAGGUUCAGUUCUUCUUGGAUGCUUGGAGCUACAAUGUUUACUUUGUUUUUCUCUACUGAUGAAUUUUAUCGUCACAAAAUCAAGUAAUGUCCAACAAUUAUCUGCUGAUAUCGAUCGGAGCAUCCCUAACGAAAAGGACACAAAGACGGAGGGUUUACUGUUGACAUUUUAGUUCUGUGCCAUGACCGAGCUGCACACUGGAAGAGUAAUAAUGAUGAUGAUGAUGAUGAUGAUGACACUGAGCAGUUCAAUAAGAAUCUUUUUCUACUGUUUACACCUGUUGGACUGGCCACACUGUGUAUGUAUGUGUGUGUGUCUGUGUGUGUGUAUGUUGUGUGUGUUUAAACACAAGGCCAGUUAAGCCCCACCCACCUCAACGCCACGCCCCCUUCUUCUUCCCUCAACCAGUGAGGCAGCCGGGACGACAGACAGAUUCUGAGAGAUUCAGCUGAUUGGCUGGAACCAAUCAGAAAACAAACAUUUCCCCGCCUGUCUGUGAUUGGUUCGACUCAAGCAAUCAGCUCCCAGGAAGAAGCUAAGCAUGCCCCCCCCCCCCCAGUAACAGUGAUCUAAUUAUGCUAAUCGAUCGGUGUGUUUUUUGAUUGACUGUUGUCAGUUCUCUCUGUUUGUUUGUUUGUUUCUAUGGCGACUGAACCUGAAAAGAUGUAAAAUAGAUUAAAGAACGGUUCAGUCCCGUCGCUGUUCACAUCGAACCCAUCGAACCCCGAAAACCUUCACCUCAUAACCACAAAAACGACGUUACACGAGAAAAAAAGUCCUGUUAAAGCAGGAAACCUGUGACAGUAAAUACCUGUGUGCGCGUGUGUGUGCGCGUGUGUGUGCGCGUGUGCACGUGUGUGUGUGCGUGUGUUUAUUUUUGAGUGAUGUCAACAUGUUCCUGCUCUCACCUCAGUCUGAACUCACUAUUUAAACUGGCCAAUCAGAACCCUCCCUCAGCACCAUUGACCAAUAGAAACCCGUCUGAGUCGAACCCAACAGCUGCUCUGCCAGAGGGAAGCUGUGAUUGGCUGUUUCUGUGUGGGUAGCUGUGAUUGGCUGUUCUACUCUGACAACUGUGAAGUGUUGGAUUUCCAGCACAUUGCUAGUGUGUAGGUCCCAUGUUGCCCACACACUCUUAACACAGGGCUAGCAUAACCAUAACAUGUGGCUAUACACAUAGCACAAGACUAAUAGGAGCUACGUUUACCACCAAUCAAACAUGUUUACCAUCUAGUAAACAUAGCAAGUGUUUCAUUAGCACAUGGUUAGCACAGAGCCAACAUGGCCAGUGUGUGUUUUGCACAGUCCUUGCACAAGAUUAACACAGGGCUAACAUCUGCUAAACAGAACAAAUGGCUAGCACAGAGCUAGCACCUUGGCUAACACACAGCUACAGCCAGUAGAGUUAGCUAGUAUUCACACCUAAUUAAACUCAGGUGGUAGAAGAUGGCUAGUUCAGUGCCAACACCUCUAAUGUCAGGUUAGUACACGCCUCCAAUCUUCAGGGCUAAUACGUGUAUCUGGUUAGCACACAGCUAACAUUAGAAUGACCUCUAAUAAACGUUGCUAUUACGCAUUUAGCAUACAGCUAAAGUAUGUCUAACACUUAUCUCAAAAAACACUAACAAGACUAACACAGCUAGCCUGUCUAGCACACUGCUAAACCAAGACUAACACUUGAAUAAUGUGGCUAGCACAUGGCAAGAAUGGAUUUGGAACAAGGUAAAGACGAGGUUAACCUGUUAAAUAGACUAAAUACAUGACUAGCACACUGCUAACAUGGAUCUGUUCUCGAGUGAGCAAACCUAGGUGUUACCAUGGAGCUAAUGGGGCCCUUAUAUGGUUAACAAAAACAAAGAUAACACAGGACUAACGUAUAGUAAACA